CACACACACUCCCGGAGCCGCACACUGUGGAGUGGACAUGUAGGCUCUCAUCACGCUCUCUCUCCUCCUCUUCCUCCUUCUUCUUGACUGAUGGAGGAACCAGGCUGCUAGAGGAGCGCAGUGGAGGAGAUGUGACGUCAUGAGCUUUAGCAGAGACUACAGACGCUCGCUGACGUCACCGUGUCCCUCACCUAGAGGGAGGAGGAGAGAGGAGGAGAACGCCAUGGUGCUGUGGCUCCUGUACCUCACUGCAGUCUGACCGCUGCGUCUCUCUCUCUACAGACUGGACGACAUCUGGAGACAUCACAGGAAGGCGGAUCUUAUCUCACUUCCUCUCCCCAGGCUGUGACGGUGAUGUGACGUGUGACGCUCCUCUCUCGGGUUCCUGACUUGGCUGAGAUGAUCGCAGAGAUACAAUAAGGUACAAAACUAGAAUAAUCGUCUCGGGGAGAGACAUGAGGAGCCGCCGGAGCGCACUGGUCGUCUCCUGUCUCUCCGUGAUGCUCUGCUGCUGGACUGGGACUCGCGCCUGGAGCACCGGUGACGUCAGUAAUAAGAGUACUUACAGCCUGUUAAGGGUCGCACCACGGCAGGACGGAGACGGAGAGCAGCAGGAAACCAGGACCGACUCGAGCGGCAGCAACAGGAGCGACCUGCUCAAAGAAGGCAGCGUGUGUGCGUACCGCGUCCUGGAGCAAGGCAAAGAUGGACGGCUGUGCUUCCGACACACUCGGGUCAACUUCACCUGUCCAGGCAGCACCUGCAGACAAGUCAGAUCCCCUGGAGGUCUCCUGGUAGCCAACCUGCUCUCCAACAGCACUGUGCUGCUCCAGUGGACCUACCCCAUGGUGCAGGAAGGAUCAGGACACAUUCUAGCGAACUCAGAGGUCCAGACUCAAGCGUCUACCGGGUCUCCUCCUCCGGCCCCACCGAAGGGCCCCAGAGCGGCGCAGCGGGAGCCUAGAGGGGGCUUCAGGAUGAGGUGCUGGUGGAAUGGCAGCUACACUCAGUUCGAGUGUGCGAGUGUGCACCUGGCCAGUGGCUGCAGGGACUAUUUACUGAGCGAGCUCCACGAAAACGUGCCCUAUCGAAUCUGCCUGCAGCCGGCGGUUUGGGGCGGGCCCGGCGAGUGCGUGGAGUUCAGCGUGACGCCCACGGGGAUGCAGGACAUUGUCAUUGCCAUGAUGAUGGUGGGCGGAGCCAUCUGUGUAAUGCUGGUCAUCAUCUGCCUGCUGGUGGCCUACAUCACCGAGAACAUCAUGAGCCCCAACAUGCAGCUGACACUCGGCACGCAGCAGCAGCACUCGCUCCGUUCACACAACACGUACCUCUGAACACACAGGGAUACACACACACACACACACACACACACAAGCGCUGAGGCCACGAUUUCUUCAGGUAGGACAUGUUCCUGAAUCGACAUUCGUUUAACCAGUCACUGCUCUCUGAUGUCAUCAAGAGAUUUUUUUCAUCUGGUAGCAAACACUUCCUGGGUUAAAGUUCAUGAAGUUUGUUUCCUUUCAAAUGAACUGGCUUUUUGGACAGAUUUAUAUAAAAGUCCUCCAUCGCCUUCAGAAGGUAAACACUGAAGGAGUCACGCUGAUCAGCAGAGCUACACUGGAGAUGGACGCUGAGGCGCAUACUGAUGACAUCACACAGCUGUGAGUGGAAGAAAACAUUCCUCAUCACGUUCAUCUCACUGUACCUACACACCGCUCUAAGAAUAAACACAACACCUUCCUACAGACCUCUCAUAUGAACACACACUUCUGCUGUGGCACUCAAACACAAGCGUGUGAAAGAGGUCCUGGACGUGCUCUCUAACAGCCUCUUACAGCCCACACACACACACACACACACACAGACUGCUAUCUCUGUGAGCUUCUGGUGACACCCACGCCAGAGAGACUGUGGUGAAGUACAUCCAUCGUAAUACUUAAUUUAGUUUAGAGAUCAGCAUUUGUAUGUUUCUUUUCAUUUGAAGCAAAAAAAAAACCUGACCGGAACCUCUCGGUUCUGAUUGGAUCCAUGUUCACAUAUCACAGUGCGGGUGUGUGUAUACAUCAGGUAGAGAAGCAAAUAAAAAUAAAAACUUGAUUUAUACUGUACAUCUUUACACAAACAUACACCAAUGAGCUGUUGCGCCCCCUACCUGUGAGUGUGUGAGCUGACAUUUACCACUGAACUGUGCGCAUUAGCAAAACUAGAUUAGCCAGGUAGCCGUAGGAGUGUGUUAAAGCGUAUGGAUUGUUGAUUGUUUUAUUAACGAAGAGGUUUGUCUGAAAAUGCUAUCGUGGCUAAUGCAUCUAGCAUAUUUCUGAAACACUUGAUUACCUUUUCAACCCAAACUUGGGCUAAUAAGUUUACGAUAAUCGUUAAAAAAAAUAAUAAAGAGGUCAGAAUGUGUGUAGUUUAGUAGAAAUAUGAUCGUUUAACGAUCAUAAAAAAAAGCUGAUGGAAAAACGACUGAAUGCUAACUGCAUCCCAUUGGCAUAUGUUUAGCAUUAGCAACAGUAGCAUUUCACGCAAAGUGUUUUUACUGCUUUAAGAAUGAAGUUCUUCGUUUUCCUCCUCAAUGGGAGCAAUGCUGUUUUAUUUCUGUAGGAUUGACAGUAAUACCAUCGGCUAACACACGCCAUCGGUGUGGUGGCUACAAUAAGAUUUUAUGCCUUAUGAUGUUAAUAAUAAUAAUAAUAUUAACGAGUUAUACUGGGGACACACAGACUGGUGAAGCAAUCUGAAUACUGUGCUAUUUUUUCUCUCUGUAAUAAAAAAGCUUUUGUGUCAAUAAAAGAAUAAUUCGCCUAAUUUAAAA